AUGACGUCAUGGUGUCCAGGACUCCCACUACAAACAAUAAACAAAAUGGCUGCCAGCAUAGAAUGGAUGAGCAAAGAAGAAGCUCUUACUAUCAUUUUCAACCGCUUUGAUAAAGAUUUUACCGGAGAACUGACAGCAGAACAAUUGCAGGAGCUUCAUGCUAGCAUACGAGACGGAGGAAUUAGCGCACCGCAAGUACAAGCAACUAUAGAAGCUGUUUGUGCGGCGGAAACUUGUGACAGACAAGAACUUGUCGACGUUCUCAACGAAAUGGACCGUAGAUAUUUUCUUGUGCGUGACUUACAGUGGGAGUUUGCUAUGCUGGACAGGGAGAAGAAAGGAACCAUAAAUGAAAAGGAAGCGAGGUUUCUUUGUCAGGCGGUUCAUGACGACUUCUUUUCGCAUCGCCGAUGGCUGAAAUUCCUCCGUAGCAGGGCUGCCCCAGGUUCGGGGAUUAGUUUUGCGGAGAUUGAAGUACUACUAUGUGAUAUACCAACCAUGGAUUGGCUUGACGAGGAAAGACAAGAUGAAGACAAAGAGAAGGAAGGAGCCCUCAGACGAAAGCAGGAGAAGGUAAGCUUUGAAAUUUUAAAAAUAUCUAUAUGUAUAUCAGGUAUUUAAAGACGUGAGGUGAGUGUGUCCUGAGCAGGGUGAGGUAAAUCUAUGAGAUAGUACCGCCAAAGUGGAGUUAAAGAGGCCCUGCCAGUGGGGGGUCCCACUGUCGCUCGUCUGAAUUUUAAAACGCCGCAUGUUGGUGUUUAUAAAUGCUUCGAUGUUGCUGUAAGAAAUUGAACGAAAAUUCUUUUUCCAUGUUGGAAUUUAAAAAAAGGGGCAAAGCCAUGCGUUGUAAAGAAACCAUUAUGGUUCUGCAAUUUCUCAGUUAACAUUUCGCGUAUCAACACCUGUACAUUGCCACUCACAUUUAAGUGACCCACAUUCAACAUUUUAAGACUAACUGACCUGAUAAAUCCUGAAGUCACGGUCAAUGGUGGUCUGCUCUGUGAGAGCGGCUGGAAGGUCGGUGGUUAGGUUACCUGGUCCCUGGUCUCUGCACUGUCGUCACCAUUGUGUUGCUUACAUUAAAAGAGAAACUUAAGUCUGGAUCACAUUGUCUCUCUUCACCCAAGUGUAAAGUGAGUACGAUGAUCAUACUGCUGGCUGGAGAUUGAAAUCCUUGCAAUGUUUUAAUAUCCCGUUCAUGGAGAUGUAGCAUGACGGACAACCUCGUUUUCAGGUCUCCCAGGAAUUAUGGGGGUUGCUUAAGUGAAGUGUAAUGCAAUGCGUGCUCAGGAGGGUCCACUGGAGCUCACUGACAAGAGAUGUUCUCUGAAGCGCACAGCAAAAUGACGAAAAUUACUUCUUCUUGGCAUUCAGACUGGUGAUAACUUAGCCAAACCACCAUUCUUUGUUGCUUAUUCUUGGCUUUGCCAUCACUGUCGCAGUUUGGCCGAGGGAGGUUGUUUCUUGUCGCCAUUUCAUUUUUUGCUCUGUCGCUACUUUUUAGGUCAUGUUGUUUGUCGGAAUUUACUCAGGCAGGGCCUCAUUAAAGUAUAAAUCUAUCUUUCACAUUUUUAUUAUUAAAGGGUUUGACAGUUUUUUUUUUUUUGAGGGAGUGGGGUGGGUUUGGUAACAGUUGUAUAGGUCAAUUUUGAAUUAUCAAAAUACAUACUUGGCUUCCUGGCUAAAGGGCAAUAGAACAGAAAUUUAAUUCUGGUAUUCUAAUGUGAUUUUUUCAUAUCCCUUAACCUCUCAGCCAAGUAUGAAUUUUAAUAUUGGAAACUGGCCUAUUUCUACUAACAUCGGCUGGAUCCGUAUGCACUCCUUUGGGGCCUAAUUUUUUUGUGAAAUUAAUCACUGGACAGUAUGAAGAUGAGAAUUUCCAGUUCACAGUUAGUAUAGGAUAUGCAAGAAAGUGUUGAUGCCUGGUCAUGUUCUAGUAUAAGUCAAGGUUUCAAGAAUCCUAACAUUACCCCAAUUCCCCCCCUCCCCCCUACACACACACACACCCAAAAAAUGCAAAGAGAACCUCCCUCUCCAUUACUGGGUAUCAGACCAGAAAAUUUACCAGUCUUUCAAUGAAUACUUGUGUUGAAACUGAGAAUUAUUGUCACUGAAGGAUGAAUUUCAGCAGAAAUUAAUGUGUAAAGCCGAGAGAGAGUGAAAAUGAUGUGAAAAUGAUUUUCUGUUCACCUUGAAAUUAUUGUGUACAAAUAAACAUCAGAGAAUAAAAAGUUGUGUAAGAAUUUCAUUUAUUUACUAUUGAACAGACUUUGCGAGGAGAGAUGCCUGUAUUCACAGGCUAUAUUUCAAUGUAUAGGGAAGUUGAAUACAGUUGCAAUGAUGUUAUUAUUGGAUUGAUAAAGAUAAUUAUAGUUUAACCUCCUUUUUGUUAACAUCAAAGCAACAGGUUCAAUUGUUUGUAUUAGAGAGGUGUUGGUAUGCGCAAAGUUUUGUACCUUCAGAACAAACAGGAAUGAAUUAUUGUCAGUAAUGGCAAGGUGUCUGUAUUGUAAAGGUGUCACCAAGGAGAGGUAUAUUAUUUUGCAUUAAUAUACAAUCUUGAUCAAUUUUCAAAGGAACGAGCAGAAGAAGAGGCAAAGAAAGCCGCUGAGAACAAAGCUAGGUUGGAGAAGGAAGCAGCAAGGAGAAGAGAGGAGUCAUUAAGAAAAAAGGCUGAAGCUGAGGCUGCUAAAAGAAAGGCAGAGCAAGAAGAACUAGAGAGGAAGGCAAGAGCUGAGGAGGAAGAGAGAGAACGUAAGAAGUAUGAGGAAGACAUGAGGAAGCUCUCUGAGGAAGAAGCCAAGCUCAAAGAAGAGGAAGAGAGACUGAAGGACGAAGAAGCGAAGAGACUGGAAGAAGAAGAUAAGAAGAGAAGGGAGCAAGAAGAAGCAGCAAAAAAGUGGAAAAAAGAAGAGUUACUGAGACAGCAGGAGCUUGAGCGAGAGAAGGAGGAAAGGGGUAAAGUAUAAUUAUUCAAAAACUAGUUUUUACCAAAUUUUAUGUUUCAUGUCAGCCUUUUUUAAAAAAUAUCCAGUGGAUAAUGCUGGAUUUUGCACUUUCAGACAAUAUUCUAUUAUUCUGUGUGUAUUAUUGUAUUUUAAGGGGGCCAUCCACCGGAUUGUCCUUUGCUAUUUGGAUGUUCCCAACUCACUCCUUAUCUAGUGACUACAUUUUUUAUUCUUCACUUAUGUAAAUGUCCUUAUUUGUCUCUUUUUCUUUAUCUAUCUGAAUCACAUGUAAACGGAGCUGAGUGAAAUACCCUAAGUCUUCUUGUCUUGUCUUCUAGACUCUCAAGAGCUGAGAAGUGGUCACUAGAAGAGUUGGGGGAGGGUGUUUGAGAGUGGGAAGGGCUCCUACAUGUAUAUCCUAGUUAGGUACUGGCAUAUAUUUACACUGUAAGCUACCUGUUGAAAAAUCCUGCUAAGCCCUUUGUAGUCAAGCCAGUGAGAUUCUACCAUUUGAAAUGUUGUCUUUUUUCAUUCAUAUAUUAGAAAGACAAGAAAAGGAGCAAAGAGAAAGAGAAGAGGCCAUGGAGGCUGAAGAUCUUGCUGAAGAAGCUGAGGAAGCUGAGCGAGCAGCAGCAGAGGCGGCUCGAUUAGCAGCUGAAGCAGCCAAGAAAGCUACUGACGAGGCUGCUCGCAAGGCUGCAGAGGAAGCAGAAAAGAAAGCCCUUGCUGAAGCCAUGGCAAACAAAGAGAAGAGACUGCGAGCGAACUUGAAAGGAGCAACCAAGUCAAGGAAAGUUGAGAGGAUUGAAGGAGCAGUCAAGGAAGCCAAGAGUGCUAAGAUGCCAGGUAACUGCUGGGCAUUUGACUUAAAAUCUUUGUAUGCUUUUGUGCAGUUUAUUGUAUUAUUUUCUAUGCAGUGAAUGGCACACUGCAGUGUACAUGAAAAUCAUAUGUAUCAAAACGUUUUAUAAGGCAUUUGGGUACUUAGUUAAUGUGAUAUUAUUAUUAUUGUUAUUAUUAUUAUUAUUAUUAUUAUUAUUAUUAUUAUUCAACACACACUUUGCUGGGAUCAUGCAUGUAUAAUGCAAACCCAACGUAUGACCAUGUUAGUUAAUUAAUGGUGAAAACGUUACUUGUGGAAUUAACUUUGUGGUAGUCAGUUUUCAAUUAUUAACAGUGUUUCACUGUACAUAUGAUGUAACUCAUGGGUUCAACCCAUUCUGUUGAUGAAAUGACAGAUAAAUGCUAACACUGAGUUUUUGUGGCCAUAAUAACACAACUUGACUCUUCACAAACAUGCAACACUCAACUCCCCUUUGCACGAGGUUGUUGAUUAUUCAUGCAGCGUCAGAAUGACACUGAGAUGAAAUCUAAGCCAGAGACAGAGGCACACAUUUACAACUCAUUUUUUCUUUGGCAGGUUUGAAGAAUGAUAUAGAUGAGGCAGAGAAAACUCUUAGAAAUGUCCAAGCAGGCGAGGCUCUCAGGGGUGCAAUAAGACGCCGUCACUUAGGUGACUUGGAAAAGUCAAUGGCGCACAUCCGCAAAAAUGGGUGGGAAAAAGACUGGGGAAUUGAACUUAAGGAGGGAGAGAAGCUGGCAACCAGGUUACGCCGUCUUGAGAAAUUGAAAGCUGAAAUCAUGGAACUCAAACAAAGUGUCAUUUCUGAGAUCAGGAGUUAUUCAAAUCCUCCUCCUGCAGUUCAUAAGGUUGGUGUCUGGUGAAAUAAAAUGUGCAGUAUAUCAUGACGAGAAAAAGAUCUUUCGGAGGAGGCAGGGUGGCCAAGGGGAUAGAGCCUUGGAAUUGUAAUCCAGGGGCUCCAUAUUUAAUGCUUGCCCUGACUGCUAGCUGAAUUUGUUUUUGGUAGACCAAAGUUCAAAUCCUUGAUCACGCUUGUAAAAUAGCUAUCUGGUUUGCCUCUGGCCAGUUGGGAUUCUUAACAUUGUGGGCAACAAAAGUGAAAACUACUAGUUUAUGCACCAGUCAUUUGAAACCCUCAGUCUUAAAAAUGGUACAGUUUGUGUUGACAGCCACGCAAAAAGACAUAUUUCUUAGCUGCAGGAAGCGAUGAAAAUGUUUGCAAAAUUACUAUGCAGUGCGAAAAUGAAAACGCUGACUACAGAGAGACUGCCCCACUUAUUCCUCUGUCAGGGAGGAGAAGACCUUGAUUUUUAGGGUAUCCCUUGCCUACCAGUGAACAAAAAUUAUGUGAUUAUGAAGUGAAUUGCCCUGCAUUACCCCAGUCAUCCCUGAGGGUGUGUGUGUGUGUGUGUGUGGGGGGGGGGGGGGGGGAUCCGGAGAUUUCAAAUGACUGGUACAUUACUGAGUAAUAGUGUCACCCCUAUAAGGUCAGUUUUUCUUAUUGAUUGAUUUAAAAAGCUAGUGUAGAAAUAAAGGCUUUGAUUCUGAAAAGGAUAAUGAAAUCCUUUGAAUCCCCUUUCAGUGUGGAUUAAGCGGAUUAUCUAUCUGGAUACCUAAGUUUCAGAAAAAUUUGAAAUGGACAAAGUUGCGUUAGGAGGACUCUGAAGAUGAAAAUAUUUUAAUGAUGCCACUUAAAUGCAGUUUGCAAACUAUUAAAAGCACUCUCGAGUAUGUUCUGGGAAAAGGUCAUUGUUUGGUUCGCUGAGAUGAACAGAUGGUGUAAGAUGGGAUAGACUGCCUACAGUGAUUAAAUGAAAAUCUGCUCAGUGCGUACCACUUAGUUCAUAAUCUCGUAAGAUUUCUUCUCUUCACUUAACCAUUUUUCUAAAUCAAUAUAAUUUUGUAAUGUUUACUCUGGUAGGUUAUGAUUGCAACAUACUUGCUUCUAAAUUACCCUGAGAAGGAUUUAUUAAACUGGAGGAACAUGCAAGCACUGCUUGGGAAGACAGGCAAAGAUGGAUUGAAAAGACAAGUGACAUCUCUGGAUCCACUGCAUGUCGACAUGGCAAAAGCUGAUUUUGCCUUUGACAAGUACCUCAAGGAGACUGACUUGGAGACCAUCAGAGAUGUCAGUGCUGGAGCAGCUACUUUCUAUGUCUGGGUAAGUUCAUGGAAAAUAUGAUUUAUUACCCUUUUUGAAUAGAAUGGAUACCACUCUCCUGCAGUCAAGAGGUUAUGUAACAAGUUUUUUAAUCCAUUAUUGGGUACCUUGUCUAUUUUUUGUUAUUUCAAGGGUGAAUUUAUUAUGAUACUGGUACUUAAAAGCUGAGUCUUUCACUGGUUUUAAACAAAGUUAAAGCUUUUUAAAGUCUUUUAACAUUACUAUUUUGCUACCUUUUUGGUUACAAUAUGAGCAUGUGUUAUUUUUCAAGGCCACUAACAUGAUAGAGGAAGUCCAUGCUGUUGCUGAGCAGAAAGAAAAAUUACUGGAGGAGGAAAAGAAAAGAAAAGAAGAGGAAGCUGAAGAAGCAAGGAAAGUAGCAGAGAGGAAGAAAGCUCGUGCAGCUUCAAAGAAACCUACAGUCACGAAGAGGACAUCAGGAACACCAGGAGGAAGGAGUUCAUCUGAUCAGGGGCGCAAGACUUCUGAAACACGGGGACGAAGUGAGUCAAGGGGAAGAGAAAGUGUUACCAAGUCUCCAGCCAGGCCAGGCAUGGCACGUAGGACAAACAGCAAGUCCCCAGCAGCUCGUUCUUAAGAAGUUACAGCAGCACUUGCACAAAACUUAAUUUAUGGUUCUACCAUUCAACUAGCAAGGUUAAGACCACUAUGAGACAAAUAAGAAGUUGAAGUAAGAGUAAGUGCUACCCUUAAUAAAUACUGUGUCCCUCCCCUGCUGUCGCAUUCUUUUAGAAAGUGACUUUGUGAAUGAAAAGAAAUUUGUUUGUAUGGCUUUGUAACUGACCAACAUCAAUUUCCUCCUAACAUUAUAUCAUUGCAUAAUCAAGAGAGAUUAUGGGAAUUAAUGAAAUGCUCACCUGAGGGAAAAUGCAUUGAUCUUUUAUCAAAUUCUCUCAGCCACUUCUUUAAAGAAAUGUGUGGAGAUCAGUCUGGAAAAUGAAUUUCUGUAGGUGCGGAUUGGGGCUUAAAGGGUUAAUUCAGGCUUGGAUCCACCCUGGUUUCCACGGUUUUACGAAAAUCAGUGAAAUUUUUCAUAAAUAAAUAUAUCUUUAAUGAAAAAAAAAAACACUUUCCAAGUUAAAAUAUAGCCAAUAUCCUGUCUGAAUGUCUUAGAAACCUUGGAAAGGUGACUUUAGGGAAUUUUAAUUUUUUACCAAAAAAUUUCCCAGGGAAGAAUGCCCCUGGACCCCGAUAGAAACUUGUGCCCUUGGCACUCGUUUAGGAAAUCGGUCAGUUUUUAUCCCAGAUCUGCACCUGUAACUUAUUUGCACAACCCCAAAGUAGUGCUGUCCUCAUAGGUAAAAGGUUUAUUUAAGCUGCUGCCCAUGUGCUGUUUUCAGUAAACUUGAUGGUCUUUGUUUGAACAAACACCAGACACUGACACAAAAUAUGGGUCAAGCCAAUAAAAGCUUGGUGAUGCAUUUGCUCAAAUAUUAAUUCGUUCUGCAUUUGGCAAAAAUUUGUGUCUCUUAAAUGCCUUAUAAAUAGCCCACUUGCUUGUAAUAUUAAAACUUACUGUAUAAUGUAAAUAAAAUUAUAUCAGUUAAAUUAUUUUUUUAUUUUUUAUACUAAAAAUAUUAGUUCCACCAGUUAAUGGUAUUUUUGUCUUCAUGUUUGACAAAGUAAUAGUCUUGUAUAUUUUUUUAUGAGGCCUUCUCUAUGAUAUAUGCCUGUGCACUGUAUUGGAGGGGUUACCUGGAAUAUAGCCUCAAUCAGAUUCUGUUCAAAUGCUAGAUUCUCUUUCCUUGCUAAAAUAUUGUAAAUAUUGAGAAACAGAGAAGAUCACAUUAGAUCAGAAGUCACUUGAGGCUUUUUCACACCAUUUUUAUGCAAAGUUUAUUUUCAACAUAAUUUAUUUAAGCUCCCAAAAUAAUGGUGAACCUUGUUUUGUGGUGUCACAACAGACAGGCCACAAGAAGGAAGAAAAAGGUUCAAGAACCCACAUUAAAAUAAUACACAAAUCAAAGGGUCAGGGCAGGAAAAAGCCCAGGUCCAAUUGCCCAGGGCAAGUCAAUUUUGAUGUUGAGCAAGUUAAAAUAGAAAUUUGGUGGCCCAAUGGGCAAGUGAAAUUAGCCUUAGUGGUCCUGUGAGUCUGUUUGAAAGUUUCAGCUUGGUGAAUGAUAAUAAUUUCCAGACAAACUAUUUCAAAACUGAACACUGCCAGAUGAGUGACACAAUAAUAUUAGUUGAAAGCAUUAAUCAAUUUAAAAUCCAAGUGCACAUUUUCCCACUCAUGUUACUGGUCUGAUCACCAUAUUGGUCAAAUCCAGUAGUUGCCCUUUGUUAUAAUCCACUACUUUUUAUAGGCAUUACCUGAGAACUACAGCAAGUAAUAGGGAGCUUUAGCAUCGACAACAGCAAUGGCAGUGAAAACAUCACUUCUAAAAUGAAUUCGCCUUUUUUCAAACCUUGUAGUGUUUAUUCCCACGCGCUGAAAAUGUCAAAUGUUGGUGAAUUUCCCUGGAUUUGAGCUCCUGGGGACCCCACUCAAGUUUAGAACGAGAAAGAAAAAUUUAUCGUCACUUGUUUACGUCCUCCAUAAAAUGUGAAAUUAGGCAGUUUCAUGCCGUAGUCAUGCAGUGAUGGCAAAGAAAUGUACAAAAAAGCAUGAUGCAUGUGCAAAGUUGUUGUUUUGCUUAAUAAACCUAUUGCUUUUUUGACGUUCUCGUAUCGCCAUUGCUAAAGCUCUUUAAUAUUUAAGUGGUGGCAAGUAUAAAAUGACAUUAUUUUACUUGUCCACUCAAAUUUUUUUCCUGCUCUUUUGGUUCUACUAAUAUCCAUACACAACCAAGCUAGUUUUAAACACUCAGCUGCUUUCUAACAAUGACAACAACAACAACAACAGCAAUAAAAACAUUUAUUGGCUACAAAACAC